UUAUGUACAAAGCUCGAGAAGAGGAGUCCAUGGGAACAAACAGUCGAAUAAGAGCGACUGCAAACACUUCUUAGUUCUCUUUUCUGCUCCUUCUACCCAAAAAAAUAAAUAAAUAAAUAAAAGCGGAAUUUGGAAAAUACCACCGAUGUACAUAAACACUGGAACACCUUCUUCUUCUUCAUCUUGCUGCUGUUGGGGCCAAUGGGACAAGGCAAAUACGCCGCCGUUCCAAUCUCUGUUCGUAUCUCCAAUAUUAUCGCGGCGAAAGCCACCGCCUCCUGUGUUUGUGUGCGCGGCUUCUCUUCCGAAAGAUGACGACGGCGAGAGGUCUGCAAUGGCGAAAGGCUCUGGAACGACGGCGAGGGGGCGGAGGCUGCUCAAGCUUCGCGAAGAGAAGAGGAAAAGGGAAUACGAUCGCCUCCACAACUAUCCCACUUGGGCAAAAGUGUUGGAAGACGCGUGCAAAGAUGAUGAUGAGCUCAGAGCCGUUCUUGGGGAUAGCAUUGGAAAUCCUGAGCUUAUGAGGAAGAAGGUUGAAGAAAGGGUUCGGAAAAAGGGUAGAGACUUCCGAAAAUCAAAAACUGGUUCGGUUCUUUCUUUCAAAGUCAGCUUUAGAGACUUCAACCCUGUUGAUUCCUAUAUAUGGUUUGAACUAUAUGGAUCACCAUCUGAUCGAGAUGUUGAUCUCAUUGGUAGUGUGAUUCAGUCGUGGUAUGUUAUGGGCCGCUUGGGUUCCUUCAACUCUACUAACCUUCAGCUGGCAAAUUCGUCUAUGGACUACGACCCCUUGUACGAUGCAGAGAAGGGUUUCAAAGUGAUGCCUUCGUCAUUCCAUGAUAUCGGCGACGUUGAAUUUCAGGACAACUGGGGCCGUGUUUGGGUUGACCUCGGAACAUCAGAUUAUUUUGCCAUUGAUGUGCUCCUCAACUGCUUGACAGUCUUAAGUUCAGAGUAUUUAGGAAUCCAACAGAUAGUCUUUGGCGGUCGUGGCAUGGGUGAUUGGGAAGAAGGGAUGACAAACCCCGAGUAUGGAUACAAGUACUUCAAGAUCUGACCUAUUUUUCGGGAUCAUAGUUUUCUUUUUCUUCUUUUUUUUUUUUUUUUUUUUUUUU